UACAAUAUGACGCAAUAUACCGUCCACCUUGUGCUCUACAUAAGCUUAAGAUAAAAAAGGCGAAAAUAUAUUAAUCAAAGGGAUUUCUGAACAAAGGGGAACAACUUCCUUAAAUGGAGUGAGGACGGGUCUCGCCUUGCUUGCGAAUUAACUAGAGUCCUGAUUUUGUUCAUUUUAAUUAUACUUUAAUAUUGCGUAAUGUGUUUAUAUAUAGGACUACACCGGUAAUAUCUUCGCCGAUAUCCUUUAGUUAAAUACAAAGCUCGUCGCGUAACUCGGGUGAUUUCAUACAUUCACUACAGGAGAGGUGCUGCUAUACGGUCCUGAAAAUGGCCCCGCAAUCCUUUUACAUUUAUCUCGCCAUCAUCAUCGUUGUUGUGCCAGCUGGAAAUGCUGACGUGACCGAUGAUGACGAGCGACUCGUUGUCCAGACUUCGACAGCUACUUUCCGCGGUAAACGAAUCGAAGUCAAUCCCUAUCUCCUACCCAACUUCCAAGGGAGUGCAGCGGCAUACACCCGCAUCCCCUAUGCUCAACCACCAGUUGACGAGUUACGCUUUCGUCGCCCCGUGCCGGUGGUCAUCGAAGGCGAGUUCGAUGCAACACGGGUUUCAGUGGCCUGUGCUCAGGCUAUUCAACCACCUUUUGUUAUAGACAUGGAAAGUUCGGAAGAUUGUCUUACUGUUGAUGUUUUUGUUCCUGAACCCAAGCCAUCGUCUGCUGCUGUAAUGGUUUGGAUCCAUGGAGGAGGAUAUAGUGUGGGAGCUGGUUCGAUCCCAGGUUCUUUACCAGUGCCAUUGGCAGUCAUGAAUGACGUCAUAGUAGUUACUGUCAAUUAUCGUCUCAAUGUCUUCGGUUUCCUCUCGUUGGGAGAAGAUGACGUGAGCGAAGCUAACGUAGGAAUGCUAGAUCAGCGACAGGCCUUGGUUUGGGUCCAGGAAAAUAUCGCAGCAUUCGGUGGAGAUCCCAGCAGAGUAACAAUCUUCGGAGAAAGCGCCGGUGGGAUGAGUGUCAGUUUUCACGUCCUAUCACCAAUGAGCAAAGGCCUUUUCUCAGGAGCUAUCUUUCAGAGCGGUGUACUGACAAGUCAAUGGUCCUAUUCCACGGAGGCUGAGGGUGAAGAAACGGUUUUCUUGUUUGGACGAGCCCUGAACUGCUCUCAAGAGAAUUACAAGGAACUCGUUCAAUGCCUUCGAGAAAUUCCAGCUGAUGCUAUUGUCGAUUUCAUAGCAACGAAUCCAAUGGAAAUGUUCACCAACCCACCUCGACCUGUUGUCGAUGGUGCGUUCAUACCACGUGACCCAAGAGAGAUGUACGCUGCAGGAGAGGUGAACCAAGUCACCGUCAUGACUGGAUGUCUAUCAGAAGAAGGAAACAUGUUCAUCAUGCCUCCAGAUUUAGGACUAGAGAACCCCGAGCGACCCGUCUUCAACAGGACUUCUUUUGAAGGAGUCAUUUCGAUGUUUAUGAAAUCCAGUGAUGAGCUAUUGAUGGAUACAGCCACAACGGUUUACAUGAAACCUGAAGAGAUGGUGAAAGCAGAACCCGAGUACUCGGAUGUCGCCGCUGAUUUCAUGGGCGAUUAUUUCUUCGUUUGCCCCAAUUUCUUGGCAGCAGACCAGCUCUCAGAUGCUGGCAUUACCACCUACAGUUACAUGAUGACCCACAGACCUUCUGUUUCAAUGUGGGGAAAACAGAUCGAAUGGUUAGGAGCAACCCAUGGUGAAGAUCUUCCUUAUACUCUCGGGAAUCCAUUCAUGUUAGAAUCAUUGGAUCCGGAACAUAAUCUAUUCUUGAUUGGUCUCUUCAAUGAACAAGAAGUAGAGAUGGCCAUUCAAAUCAUGAAGUACUGGUCAAACUUUGCAAAGACAGGGAAUCCCAAUCUUUCAUGCAAAGAAAGCAAGCCAGAUCCAAAUUAUCCGUUAUGGGAAACUUAUUCAAAGGAAAUCAAAAGUUACAAGGAACUUUCAAUGACUUUUGAGAAUCGUCAAGGUAUACCCAAUCCUCAGAGUUGUAUGUUCCAGAAUCAUCUCCUACCUAAGCUGCAGAAAAAUGCAGCCGAAUUGGCCCGACUAAAUUCUCUUUUAGAAGAAAAGGUGGUGGCUGAUAGUGGAAAGACUUGUGAAGAUCCCGAUUCCUGCCCGGAGGAAUAGAUAGCUUGAUAUACAACGUCAUAAACUGGGUCAUCAGAAUCAACUGCAAUUUUAUUUUUGUGUAGGAUUUACUAUACAAAAUUCUAUGCUUACUUAAUAGGCAUUAAUAAAAAAAAAUGUAUCAAAUAAAGAAUGAUUGAUUUAGAAACGAUCAUUUGGGAUAAGCAUUUAUUAUUAUUGGAAUUCUUGAACUUCAAUAAUUUUAGGGAUUGUUUGCACAAAAGUUUUCAGGUUUUUUUAAUAUAUCAACGCUUGAUCACCACUGAUUACGACAUUCCUUAUUCUGUUGAUGUGUUUUCCGUUCAUAUCAUCAUUCAAUUGUAGUUGAAAAAAAGUCUUCAUUCCUUCACUCUUAAAAGGAUUGGUCAAAGAAACCAGCCUACUGAUAAAUGUGCCGUCGAUUAAAUACAUAUCGGCUCAUUUGACCAAUCCCUUUAUGAAAAUGUUACUAAUCCCAUUUUCAAGGAAGAAUAGUUUGCUUCUGAUGAAAUGAGCUGUAUAUCUCUGACUGAAGAAUACUCAAUUAACUUUGAACUUUUUCUAGACGAAAUGGAAGCCAAUGAUUAUCUGAAAAGUUGACAAAUAAUCGAAUUUCACCAUAACCAGUGCUAUAUGUGAGAGUAUCCAUCAGGCAGACCCCGUGGGUGUCCCAGCGCAGUGGCAUGUGACAAAAGAACACCAUGCCUCCUUGCCAAAAUAAUUCUAACCGAUAUGGUGGUACCCUUAUACCAUAGCUCUAUGCUUAUACCACUUAUAUUUAUGCUCUGCCUUACCUGCCUAACCUCAAGGGUUUUAAUAAUGAUGGAAAAAGCAGGAGAAUCGUUCACCUACAUUGACAAAGCUACUAAUUGCAUUUCGAUAUUUGGCAAUACCCCCCUCUAUAAUAAGUGUACCACAUUUUAAUUCUGAUUACAUUUUAUACAUCUUUUCUAGUGGAAUAUACUUGAUUAUAAAUGAAUUUGAUUGUAUUCAAUUGAA